GCGAACCCAACCUUUCCAGACACAGUAUGAAAUGACAGUCUGUGCGUUGUUCUCCUCCGCACUGGAUGGUACUGGGAUGUAUUUGGGAAGGGGGGUCGAGUAGCAGCGACCCACCAGCAUUACCGCCACUGAACCUGACAUGAAUGACAAGUAAAAAGAGCUCUUUCAAGCGAGCAAACAGCGCAGGAAUGUGCAGAAGUCCGCCGGGCUGCACUCGGGCUUAUCAAAGCGACAUUUUGGACCUUUUGGACCUACCUCGUUUUGUUUGUAAACACUCAAACCCACCACAGAAUAAUUUUGAGGGCCAUCUGAUUUACCCUUUUUAAUUUCUAAUUGUUAUUCUUGAAGAAAAAACAUUUUUUGAGAGGGGGAGUGGGCGUGUUUGGGGUGUUUUUCUUUUGUCAAGCGCGAAGACAAACUUCUCUAUGGCACUGGUUAUGGAGCCUGUGAGCAAGUGGAGCUCCAGUCAAGUGGUUGACUGGAUGAAAGGCCUGGACGACUGCCUACAGCAGUACAUCAAGACCUUCGAGAAAGAGAAAGUAGGGGGGGACCAGCUGCUGCGUAUCACCCACCAGGAGCUGGAGGAUUUGGGAGUGUCCAGAAUCGGCCACCAGGAGCUCAUACUGGAGGCUGUGGACUUACUUUGUGCUCUGAAUUAUGGGCUGGAGACUGAGAAUCUGAAAACUCUUUCUCAUAAGCUGAACGCAUCUGCCAAGAACCUGCAGAACUUCAUCACAGACAGGCGGCGCAGCGGCCAUUACGACGGCAGAGCCUCCCACAAGCUGCCCAACGACUUCCUUACCUCCGUGGUGGACCUGAUCGCUGCGGCCAAAAGCCUUCUGGCGUGGCUGGACAGAUGCUCGUUCUUUUUCAGAUCUCCGUUUGCUGCAGUUGCAGAUUACUCUGUGACCAGGAACAACGUGAUCCAGCUUUGUCUGGAGCUCACUACAAUUGUACAACAGGAAUGCUCUGUGUACGAAACCGAAAACAAAAUCCUGCAUGUGUGUAAAACUCUGUCAGAAGUGUGCGACCAGAUUAUCGCUCUGUCCUCGGAUCCCAUGGUGUCCCAGGCUGCACAUCUGGAGGUUGUGCAGCUAGCCAACAUAAAAUCUACUGAAGGACUGGGCAUGUAUAUCAAAUCAACAUAUGAUGGUUUGCAUGUAAUCACCGGGACAACAGAAGGAUCUCUGGCUGACCGCUGCAAGAAAAUCCAUGCUGGAGAUGAAGUCAUUCAGGUCAAUCUUCAGACAGUGGUGGGCUGGCAGCUGAAGAACUUGGUGAACUUGCUGCGUGGGGACCCUGCAGGUGUCACCCUGACGCUGAAGAAACGCCCACAGAGCACGCUCACAUCGACCCCUGCGCUGCUCAAGAACAUGAGAUGGAAACCGUUGGCCCUGCAACCAAUCUUCCCUCAGAGCCCCAGCAGCAGCGUUGCCACCCCCACCAGCACUUUAAGUACUCCAUCCAGGAGGAGUAGCUGUGCCCUGCAGGACCUCUUCAUCCCCCCUCCCCCCGCAGAACCCUACACCCCCAGAGAUGACAAGGGAAAUCUGUCAGAGGAAGAUCCUCAAUUGGACGUGGUCCAUGUCGCCGAGGGAUCUGAGUCACCAAACUCCUACCUGGACCAGGAGUGUCGGCGGCGAUUUCCUCUGGUGGAGGAAGAUGCUAUACUGUACUGUUACGAGUACGACCAGAACCAAGAGGCGUCAUUGGCCCGCAGGGGAAGCACGCCCACCUAUGGCAGGCUCAGGCCCAUCUCCAUGCCGGUGGAAUACAACUGGGUGGGAGACAACGAAGACCUGGCCAAGAUAAAGAGAGAGAGCAGGAGAGAGAACUCCCUGCUGCGAUUUGCGAGUGAAGAUAAAGCCCCGGGGGAGGGCUUCCUGCUGGGACGCAGCCUGAGUCAGAACAGGAGGAAGACUGAGCGAGGAAGCAGCCCCACCCAGUACACGCUGGUCCCCGCCCUGCAGAUGGAGGUGUCCCUGUCCACAUCCAGCUCCGACUCGGCCUCCCUCUACCAUGUGUUUGAGCGUUCCUCGCUGAUGUCAAGGUCAAAGAAGAAGUGCAAAGCAGCAAGUCCCAUGUCUUCAAUCAGCAAGCGGCGGAUUUCCUGCAGAGACCUGGGUCAGGGCGACUGCGAGGGCUGGCUGUGGAAAAAGAAGGAUGCUAAAACCUAUUUUUCACAGAAGUGGAAGAAGUACUGGUUCAUCCUGAAAGACACUUGUCUGUACUGGUACAUGAACGAGGAGGAUGAGAAGGCAGAGGGCUUUGUCAGCCUCCCAGAGUUCAACAUCGAUCGUGCCAUUGAGUGCAGAAGGAAGUAUGCUUUCAAGGCUUGCCAUCCGAAGAUAAAGACCUUCUACUUUGCGGCGGAAAAUGUAGACGACAUGUCCCGGUGGCUGAGUCGUCUUAGUAUGGCAGUGGCAGGAUACUCCGAGCAGGAGAAAAUUCGCCAGGACCGAGAUUACUGGAGUGAGAGUGAUCACGAGGACAUGGAGAUGCCCUCGAUGUCCAAACAGGACAGUCCUCCACCACCAUAUGACACCUAUCCCCGGGCAUCCUCAGUGAGUCCCUACCUGGAACCGAAACGUGGCCACCUCUCUUCUUCCGACACGUUCCAUUCCCGCUCCUCUCAUGACGACUUCCACUCCGAGCCUCUGGACGGCAGCAGCAGCAACAACGGCGUCUCCCCCGGGCAGAAGACGAGCAUCCACCGAAACUCCUGGCAGGACCAGAUGGAGAGCAACGUGAGGAUGCAAUACCUCCAGACGUUCCCAGUGGAGGAGCCCCUGCGUCCUGAGGACAGAGACCACCUGGCGAUGGAGUACCGCAGGCAGUCCACCCUGCCCGCCCAGCGCAGCCUGCUGAAGGAACAGUACCGAGCGCUGCCGCUGCCCCUCAGGUCCAGCAUCGACUCAGACGUGGGAGGGAAACCCCGCAGCUUCACCCUCCCCCGGGACAGCGGGCUCCACGCCAUCCUGGCCGCCACCGCCGCUGCAGCCGACCAGCGAGAGCCCCACCACUACCAGCUGGACCGGCCCAGAGGCAGUGGCCAUGGACGGCGGGACUGCAGGAUGCAGGCGGACUCUCUGGGAGAUCUGUACCGGGCUCUGGAGCAGACCAGCCUGUCCAGCUCCGCUGACCACAGAUCAGCCAGCCGCCUCGAGUACAAGCGUUCAUUUGUCCGCCGUGUCAAUGACCCCCUCCUCAAUGACAAGCUUCAUCGCCUCCGGAUCCUCCAAAGCUCACUUAAGAAUGUUCCUCUUCAAGACACAAACCGGUCCUUGGGUUUUUUAGGGUAGACUGAUGAUCAGUGUGUUGAUUGAACCUCAAACGUAUGGACUCUGCCUGUGCCUCACACCGCUGGCAUCCCUCUGCUGGAGAUAAAAGGCACCAAAACCCUUAUUUUUCCCGCUCGGCUCUACAUCUUCUCUUUCAUUCAACCUCGCUCACCCUGCAGGAGCACCCAGACUUUGUGUCCCUCUCCACUCUCUUUUUAAAGAUGAGGGCUCUUACAAAAAGGCAAAAAAAUACGUUUGUCUUGUUAAAAUAACAGGGUUCAUGACUGGAAAAUAAGCACUUUGUGUCCGUGUCAAAGACUCGACGGAGGGCUUUGUAAAUCAUUGCUCACUUGCAUGGCCACCUCCCCGCGCUUCUGUUGAACGGUUUGGAACAUUAUGCUGGAGUUGUGUACAGCCGCUCAGUUAGUUGAUGAAGGAAUUUAAAGCUAUUUUGGAUGUACACAACAUUUUGUUAUGCAUGUGUGAUAUGAUAUGAGUGUACAGAGUGUUAACCAUAUAUAUAGUAUAUAUAUAUUUAAUAUUACAUUAAACAACGUUGACUACACAAUGUUUUGGGGUACUUAUACAAAUUGUAAAUCAAGUGCUGUGCCUCAGUGAUUGUGAAUGUACAUUGUACUUUUUCAAGAGGGACGAGGGAAGAUUGAGAAAGCAAGCUAUUCCUCAAAACAGGAGCACAAAAAUAGAACGCUUGGCAAUAAUGAAACAGUAUUGUAAAUUACAAAGAAAUGAUGAGAAUAGUUGUAUAUUUUUGUAUGCAUGCCGUCUACCUAAUUGUUUGUAAGACAGUUUUGUAUUUCUAAGUGCGUUUGGUCUUCAGAGAAUAAUGGUGUCGACCCCUUCCUUCGCCACAUUGUGUUUUUAAGAUUUAUUUUACUAUUUGCCCCUGGAAAUUGCAAAAUGUAAUUUUUUUUCAAGUGUUAAGAGAAAUUACUGUAUUUAUUAAGUGUUUAAUGUACAAGCAUGCUUUGUAUAACUAAAACACAUUACCAUGCCAUUGGAAAUUGAUUGAUAUUGCACAAGUGUGCCAUAUUGUAGCUACACUACUUUUUUUAUUGAAUAAAGUAUGGCAAGA